AGCUACUAUGCCAGGCUCUGAGGAAUCUAAGGUGAACCAACCCUGGUCCCGGUCCUUGAGGAGUUCCCGGCCCAGUGGGGGAGACGGACAGACCAUGGCAGCAGUCACCAUGUCGGUGCCCGGGCGGAAGGUGCCCCCCAGGCCAGGCCCAGUGCCUGAGGCUGCCCAGCCAUUCCUGUUCACACCUCGUGGUCCCAGCACGGGUGCCGGGCCUGGGGGCUCUGGAACCUCACCACAGGUGGAGUGGACAGCCCGGCGCCUCGUGUGGGUGCCUUCGGAGCUCCAUGGGUUUGAGGCGGCGGCACUGAGGGACGAGGGUGAAGAGGAGGCCGAGGUGGAGCUGGCGGAGAGCGGGAGGCGGCUGCGGCUACCAAGGGACCAGAUCCAGCGCAUGAAUCCACCCAAAUUCAGCAAGGCGGAAGAUAUGGCUGAGCUGACCUGCCUCAAUGAGGCCUCAGUCCUGCACAACCUCCGCGAGCGAUACUACUCUGGCCUCAUCUAUACAUACUCUGGCCUUUUCUGUGUGGUCAUCAACCCGUACAAACAGCUUCCCAUCUAUACAGAGGCCAUCGUGGAGAUGUACCGGGGCAAGAAGCGCCAUGAGGUACCACCUCAUGUGUAUGCCGUGACUGAGGGGGCCUACCGGAGCAUGCUGCAGGAUCGUGAGGAUCAGUCCAUUCUCUGCACUGGAGAGUCAGGAGCUGGGAAGACAGAAAACACCAAGAAGGUCAUCCAGUACCUUGCCCAUGUGGCAUCGUCACCAAAGGGCAGGAAGGAGCCAGGUGUCCCGGCCUCCACCAGCACCAUAUCUUAUGGUGAGCUGGAGCGGCAACUGCUUCAGGCCAACCCUGUCCUGGAGGCCUUUGGCAAUGCCAAGACAGUGAAGAAUGAUAACUCCUCCCGAUUUGGCAAAUUCAUUCGCAUCAACUUCGACGUUGCCGGGUACAUUGUGGGCGCCAACAUCGAGACCUACCUGCUGGAGAAGUCGAGAGCCAUCCGCCAGGCCAAGGACGAGUGCAGUUUCCACAUCUUCUACCAGCUGCUGGGAGGUGCUGGAGAGCAGCUCAAAGCCGACCUCCUCCUCGAGCCCAGUUCCCACUACCGCUUCCUGACCAACGGGCCACCAUCUUCCCCCAGCCAGGAGCGGGAGCUCUUCCAGGAAACAUUGGAGUCCCUGCGCGUCCUGGGGUUCACCCAUGAGGAGAUCACCUCUAUGCUGCGCAUGGUCUCCGCGGUUCUCCAGUUUGGCAACAUUGUCCUGAAGAGAGAGAGGAACACAGAUCAAGCCACCAUGCCCGACAACACAGCUGCACAGAAGCUCUGCCGCCUCCUGGGACUUGGGGUGACAGAUUUCUCCCGAGCCCUACUCACCCCUCGAAUCAAAGUUGGCCGAGACUAUGUGCAGAAAGCCCAGACCAAGGAACAGGCUGACUUCGCGCUGGAAGCCCUGGCCAAAGCCACCUACGAGCGUCUCUUCCGCUGGCUGGUCUUGCGUCUCAACCGUGCUUUGGAUCGCAGCCCCCGCCAGGGUGCCUCCUUCCUGGGCAUCCUGGACAUCGCAGGCUUUGAGAUUUUCCAGCUGAACUCCUUCGAGCAGCUCUGCAUCAACUAUACCAAUGAGAAGCUGCAGCAGCUCUUCAACCACACCAUGUUCGUGCUGGAGCAGGAGGAGUACCAGCGCGAGGGCAUCCCCUGGACCUUCCUCGACUUUGGCCUCGACCUGCAGCCCUGCAUUGACCUCAUUGAGCGGCCGGCAAACCCCCCUGGACUCUUGGCCCUGCUAGACGAAGAGUGCUGGUUCCCAAAGGCCACCGAUAAGUCGUUUGUGGAGAAGGUAGCCCAGGAGCAGGGUGGCCACCCCAAGUUCCAGCGGCCAAGGCACCUGCGGGAUCAAGCUGACUUCAGUGUCUUGCACUAUGCUGGCAAGGUCGACUACAAGGCCAAUGAGUGGCUGAUGAAAAACAUGGACCCUCUGAAUGACAACGUUGCAGCCCUGCUUCACCAAAGCACAGACCGGCUAACAGCAGAAAUCUGGAAAGAUGAACAUGGGGGUUUCCAGCAGUUCUCUUUCCUUGGCUCGUUCCCACCAUCGCCUCCAGGAUCUGCAGGGAGGUUCAGUUCUGCUGUUUCUCCACCAGGGGUGGAGGGCAUCGUGGGGCUGGAACAGGUAAGCAGCCUUGGGGAAGGCCCACCUGGUGGCCGCCCCCGUCGGGGCAUGUUCCGGACAGUGGGACAGCUCUACAAGGAGUCCCUGAGCCGCCUCAUGGCCACACUCAGCAACACCAACCCCAGUUUUGUCCGCUGCAUUGUCCCCAAUCAUGAGAAGAGGGCUGGGAAGUUGGAGCCAAGGCUGGUGUUGGACCAGCUGCGCUGCAAUGGUGUCCUGGAGGGCAUCCGCAUCUGUCGCCAGGGCUUCCCCAACCGCAUCCUCUUCCAGGAGUUUCGGCAACGGUAUGAGAUCCUGACACCCAACGCCAUCCCCAAGGGCUUUAUGGAUGGGAAGCAGGCCUGUGAGAAGAUGAUUCAGGCCCUGGAACUAGACCCCAACCUCUACCGUGUGGGACAGAGCAAGAUCUUCUUCCGGGCAGGGGUCCUGGCUCAGCUGGAAGAGGAGCGGGACCUUAAGGUCACCGACAUCAUCGUGUCCUUCCAGGCGGCUGCCCGGGGAUACCUGGCCCGCAGGGCCUUCCAGAAGCGGCAGCAACAGCAGAGUGCCCUGAGGGUGAUGCAGCGGAACUGUGCAGCCUACCUGAAGCUCAGACACUGGCAGUGGUGGAGGCUCUUCACCAAGGUGAAGCCACUGCUGCAGGUGACGCGGCAGGACGAGGUGCUACAGGCGAGGGUCCAGGAGCUGCAGAAAGUGCAGGAGCUACAGCAGCAGAGCGCGCGGGAAUUGGGCGAGCUCCAGGGCCGAGUGACGCAGCUGGAAGAGGAGCGCACACGUCUGACAGAGCAGUUACGGGCAGAGGCAGAACUGUGUGCAGAGGCGGAGGAGACGCGAGAGCGGCUGGCAGCCCGCAAGCAGGAGCUGGAGCUGGUGGUGUCAGAGCUGGAGGCUCGGGUGGGCGAGGAGGAAGAGUGCAGCCGGCAGCUGCAGACUGAGAAGAAGAGGCUGCAGCAGCACAUACAGGAGCUAGAGAGCCAUCUCGAGGCUGAGGAGGGGGCACGGCAGAAGCUGCAGCUGGAGAAGGUGACAACAGAGGCAAAGCUGAAGAAAUUUGGGGAGGACCUGCUGCUCUUGGAGGACCAGAAUGCCAAGCUGGGCAAGGAGCGGAGACUGCUAGAAGAGCGUCUGACCGAGUUCUCAUCCCAGGCGGCUGAGGAGGAGGAGAAGGUCAAGAGCCUCAAUAAGCUACGGCUCAAAUACGAGGCCACAAUUGCAGACAUGGAGGACCGCCUGCGGAAGGAGGAGAAGGGUCGCCAGGAGCUGGAGAAGCUGAAGCGGCGCCUGGACGGGGAGAGCUCGGAGCUGCAGGAGCAGAUGGUGGAGCAGCAGCAGAGGGUAGAGGAACUGCGAGCACAGCUGGGCCGCAAGGAGGACGAGCUGCAGACGGCCCUGGCCAGGGCAGAAGACGAGGGUGGGGCCAGGGCCCAGAUGCUCAAAUCCCUGCGGGAGGCACAGGCAGCCCUAGCCGAGGCCCAAGAGGACCUGGAGGCAGAGCGUGUGGCCAGGGCCAAGGCCGAGAAGCAACGCCGGGACCUGGGCGAGGAGCUGGAGGCGCUGCGGGGUGAGCUGGAAGACACACUGGAUUCUACCAACGCGCAGCAGGAGCUCCGGUCCAAGAGGGAACAGGAAGUGACGGAGCUGAAGAAGGCUCUGGAGGACGAGACACGCAUCCAUGAGGCGGCAGUGCAGGAGCUGCGGCAGCGCCACGGCCAGGCCCUGGGGGAACUGGCGGAACAGCUAGAGCAGGCCCGGAGGGGCAAAGGCGCCUGGGAGAAGACCCGGUUGGCACUGGAGGCUGAAGUGUCCGAGCUGCGGGCGGAGCUGAGCAGCCUCCAGACUGCACGUCAGGAGGGUGAGCAGCGGAGACGCCGCCUGGAGUCCCAGCUGCAGGAGGUGCAGGGGCGGGCUGGCGAUGGGGAGAGGGCCCGAGUAGAGGCUGCUGAGAAGCUGCAGCGAGCCCAGGCUGAACUGGAGAACGUGUCUGGGGCACUAAGUGAGGCCGAAUCCAAAGCCAUCCGGCUGAGCAAGGAGCUUAGCAGCACAGAAGCCCAGCUGCAUGACGCCCAGGAGCUGAUGCAGGAGGAGACCAGGGCGAAGCUGGCUUUGGGGUCCCGAGUGCGAGCCCUGGAGGCUGAAGCAGCGGGGCUACGGGAGCAGCUAGAGGAGGAGGCGUCUGCCAGGGAGAGGGUGGGCCGUGAGCUGCAGACUGCCCAGGCCCAGCUCUCAGAGUGGCGGCGGCGCCAGGAAGAGGAGGCAGGGGCCUUGGAGGCAGGGGAAGAGGCACGGCGCCGGGCAGCCCGUGAGGCUGAGGUCCUGACCCAGCGCCUGGCAGAAAAGACAGAGACGGUGGAUCGGCUGGAGCGGGGCCGUCGCCGGCUGCAACAGGAACUAGAUGACACCACCAUGGACCUGGAACAACAACGGCAGCUCGUGAGCACUCUGGAGAAGAAGCAACGCAAGUUUGACCAGCUUCUGGCAGAGGAGAAGGCAGCUGUCCUGCGUGCAGUGGAGGAGCGUGAGCGGGUUGAGGCAGAGGGCCGGGAGCGCGAGACCCGGGCCCUGUCGCUGACACGGGCACUGGAGGAGGAGCAGGAGGCCCGGGAGGAGCUGGAGCGGCAAAACCGGGCCCUGCGGACAGAGCUGGAGGCCCUGCUGAGCAGCAAGGAUGACGUCGGCAAGAGUGUGCAUGAACUGGAACGAGCCCGCCGAGUGGCAGAACAGGCAGCCAACGACCUGCGAACACAGGUGACCGAACUGGAAGAUGAGCUGACAGCAGCUGAGGAUGCCAAGCUGCGUCUGGAGGUGACCGUGCAGGCUCUCAAGACACAGCAUGAGCGUGACCUGCAGGGCCGUGAUGAGGCUGGUGAAGAGAGGCGGAGACAGCUGGCCAAACAGCUGAGGGAUGCCGAGGUAGAGAGGGAUGAGGAGCGGAAGCAGCGGGCUCUAGCCGUGGCUGCACGCAAAAAGCUGGAGGCUGAGCUGGAGGAACUGAAGGCCCAGGUGGCGGCUGCUGGGCAGGGCAAGGAGGAGGCAGUGAAGCAGCUUCGCAAGAUGCAGGCCCAGAUGAAGGAGCUGUGGCGGGAGGUAGAGGAGACACGAAGCUCCCGGGAAGAGAUCUUCACCCAGAACCGGGAGAAUGAGAAGCGCCUCAAGGGGCUGGAAGAAGAGGUGUUGCGGCUGCAGGAGGAGCUGGCUGCCUCAGACCGUGCCCGGCGGCAGGCUCAGCAGGAUCGGGAUGAGAUGGCAGACGAAGUGGCCAAUGGUAACCUGAGCAAGGCAGCCAUUCUGGAGGAGAAGCGUCAGCUGGAGGGGCGCCUGGGGCAGCUGGAAGAAGAGCUGGAGGAGGAGCAGAGCAAUGCAGAGCUGCUCAAUGACCGCUACCGAAAGCUGCUCCUGCAGGUGGAAUCAUUGACCACUGAGUUGUCUGCUGAGCGCAGUUUCUCAGCCAAAGCAGAAAGUGGGCGGCAACAGCUGGAACGGCAGGUCCAGGAGCUACGGGGACGCCUGGGUGAGGAGGAUGCAGGGGCCCGGGCCCGCCAGAAGAUGCUCAUUGCUGCCCUUGAGUCUAAGUUGGCCCAGGCUGAGGAACAGCUGGAGCAAGAGAGCAGAGAGCGUAUCCUCUCUGGCAAGCUGGUGCGCAGAGCUGAGAAGCGGCUUAAAGAGGUGGUACUCCAGGUGGAAGAGGAGCGGAGGGUGGCCGACCAGCUCCGGGACCAGAUGGAGAAGGGAAACCUUCGGGUGAAACAGCUGAAGCGGCAGCUGGAGGAGGCUGAGGAGGAGGCAUCCCGGGCUCAAGCCGGCCGCCGGAGGCUGCAGCGUGAGCUAGAGGAUGUCACAGAGUCUGCUGAGUCAAUGAACCGUGAGGUGACCACGCUGAGGAACCGGCUUCGACGCGGCCCUCUUACCUUCACCACCCGCACGGUGCGGCAGGUCUUCCGACUAGAGGAGGGUGUGGCAUCCGACGAGGAGGCUGAGGAAGCAGAGCCUGGGUCUGGGCCACCACCUCCGGAGCCAGAGGGGUCCCCACCAGCCCAGCCCCAGUGACCCCACCCUAACCCUAGAUACACUAACAGACUAGGCCCACGCCCCUUCCUCCCAGCCCCCUUGGGCACCUGUCCCAGGAACCCCCCUCUGACUUCUUGCACUUUGGAAAUGGUGCCACCCUCUGGCACUUUGGCAUUUAUCAACCCCACCCUGAGCCCCCUGAGACCUCCCAUCAACCAGUGACCCCUAAACACAGGAGUAAGCUCUCUACCCAAUGGGGAAAUUGGGUACAGCUGGCAAGUCAGCUCCCCAUCUUCAGUUAUUAGUGAUCUAUAUCAUCUAUCUAUCUAUCUAUCUAUCUAUCUAUCUAUCUAUCUAUCUAUCUAUCUAUCUAUAUAUCAGGAGCAAGACAGGCUCCCAUUUUCUCUGCUUCUCCCUCCCACCCCUGCCACUUGGUCUUUCUCCUUAGAUCUCUCUUUUUCUGCAUCUUUCUCUCUAGGUUUCUCUUACUCUCUUAUAUCUCCAUGUAGACACUCCUUCCCCCAUUUCUGCUCCUACCUCUAAACCUCUGAGUAAAGCCUCCACCAGUCUUGAACCCUUGCAAGGGGCAGGACAAGGGGACCCCUUCUCACUUCCCUCCUGCCCUCCCUUCUGGUUGCUCUCUGGUGAUCACAGUUUGGAGUUUCACUGAAGGACUGGAGGGAUCUCUCUUAUCCUCCCAGCCUCCAGGCUCUGACAGAAAUAAAUUCCAGCCCCCAACUGGA